CCAGGACGCGUUAAUCAUGGCGGCUCAAACAUUGAACUCCUCAAUGCAGCCGACGGACGUCUACGGCGGAGAUGAAGUCUCAGCAAUCGUCCUGGACCCAGGUUACUCUAGCGUGCGCGCCGGCUUCGCAGGAGAAGAUGCCCCAAAGUCCUUCGUCAACUCCCACUACGGCGCAACGCCCGACGGACGCCUCAUCUUCGGCGACAACGCAAUCCACAACCCCCAGGCGAACCUCGAGAUCCGCAACCCCAUGUCCAAGGAAGGAAUCGUCGAGGACUGGGACACUGCUACCUCAUUGUGGGAAUACGCGAUCACUUCGCGAUUGACGAGCUUCAAGCAGGCGGAUCCAAGGCACAAUGGGUUGAAUGAUGAUAACAAGGAUCUGGAGAUGGAGAUGGAGGCCGUGGAGGAGGGGGAGAAGGCGCUUGAGGAGCAUCCGCUGCUGAUGACAGAGACGGCAUGGAAUAGUGUGAAGAACAGGGAGAGGAGCAUUGAGAUUGCUAUGGAGAGCUGGGGAUGUCCUGCCUUCUGGCUCGCAAGGAACUGUGUCAUGGCUGCGUUUGGGUCUGGCAAGGCUACUGCUCUUGUAGUUGAUGUUGGUGCUUCAACUGCGUCAGUGAUCGGUAUCCACGAUGGCUUGAUCCUCAAGAAAUCAGUCCAGCGAUCGAAUCUCGGUGGGAACUGGCUGUCGUCACAACUGCGCUCCCUGUUUGCAUCACAAGAUCCAAAGGUUGAGCUUAUCCCACACUACAUGAUUGCAUCCAAGACACCUGUCGACGCAGGAGCUCCCGCCCAAGCCAUCUACCGAAAAUACGAGAAGGAGCCUUCGGAAAGCUUCAGAGCAUUGGAAGAAGAGCGUGUUCUGACUGAGUUCAAAGAAUCAGUUGUCCAAGUCUGGUCCGGGCCAGGCAGACUAAACAGCAUGAACGCCACCGGCAGCAAUAACCUCGACUAUGCGCGCUCGCAGCCUGGCCGCGUUUUCGAGUUCCCAGAUGGCGCGAACCAAAUGUGGGGCGUUGAGCGCUUAACAGUCGCUGAAGGCAUGUGGGACGAGAAAGCCGCCCUCCCUGUCCCCAAUGAGCAGCCGGGCACGAAGAUGACGAUUCCGGAGAUGGUGAAGGCGAGUAUCAGCGCCGUGGAUAUGGAUCUGCGUGCACAUUUGCUGCAGAAUAUUGUAGUUACGGGAGGCACGACGCUGGUUAAUGGGUUUACGGACAGACUGAACAAUGAGCUGAUGGCUAUGUAUCCUGGUGCGAGGAUUAAGAUCCAAGCGGCGGGACUUACGGCCGAGAGAAGAUUUGGCAGCUGGAUUGGGGGGAGCAUUUUGGGGAGUCUGGGGACGUUUCAUCAGAUGUGGAUUUCGAAGGCUGAGUAUCAGGAGUUUGGCGCAAGUGUGGUGGAGAAGAGGUGUAAAUGAGUGGCUAUCAUAGACUGAGCUGGUGAAAAGUCGACAAAAAUUGGGGAAGGGAAAUGUGGCGUUUGGUGUUUUGCUUUGGAUGGGUAUACCAUUCCAGUGUAUGUUCUAGAACGCCAUUUGAUUCAUUAAAGCAUUUCUAGCUAUUCGUCGUUUCUUCGUGAUCCAUUACCGUAAUAUUACUCAAUACCAAAGCCGCUUAUUUGAAGCUUCACCACCCUCUCCACCUGGGCCAAACAUCAAUAAUCUCAUCCUCCCUUCCUACCUUCGUCUCAUCCACAAUUAAAUACCACCCAAACCCAGCCCCAGCAACGCAAGCAUGAUUCGGCCAAACCCGAACCUUCUGCCCUACGCUCAAUUCUUCAGGAUUCCCCUCUCCACUCCAAACCAAGAUCCCAUGUUCCUGACUAAUCCUUCCAACAUGCCACCCAACAUGGUUCUCUGGUCCAGCGCUAGGCAUGCCGACUCCUGGGCGAUUCCAGGGAGUC